GUUUCUCUUCUUGAUGCAAGCUGAUUUUUCUGGCUCCUCAGUUGAUAAAAUCGUCACCCCAAGAAACAUGGAUCAUGUCCAGUGAGAAAGAGAAUUCCCUGGAAUCUAGUAUCUCUUGGAUAAUUCUUAUUUGAAAAACAAAGGCAUUUUAAAAAGAGAUGUCAAUCUCUGUGAAAUUUAUUUGUGUUUGCACCAACCUCCUGAGAUUCACGCCAAACAAACUGGGGACAACAGGCUCUGAAAGAUUGAUCCUCGAGGGUUUCCUUACCAGCAUUCCGUGAUGAUAAACACAUGGACGUCCACCCACCAGAAUCAACUGGCCACGCUAGCUAACUGCCAGGGGCCUGGAUCCUGACUCCACACCAUUGACAUCUGUGUGAAAAGGGAUCUAUGCCCAUUCUUUAAAAGCAUUCAUGAAUUAACCAGCACUUUUGGAAGCAAAGAAAAUUGAAAAGUGAAAGAGAAUUCGAUGUUGAGGACAAACUAAACAAGGCUGUUUAGCUCCUAAGAACGAAUGUAACUGCCACGUUGAAAAGAAGAAAAUGAACAACAGCACAUGUACUGAUGAGCAGCACGACCUGGAUCACUAUUUGUUUCCAAUUGUUUACAUCUUCGUGAUAGUGGUCAGCAUUCCAGCCAAUAUUGGAUCUCUCUGUGUGUCUUUUCUGCAAGCAAAGAAAGAAAACGAAUUAGGCAUUUAUCUCUUCAGUUUGUCACUGUCCGAUCUGCUGUAUGCUCUCACGCUCCCUCUCUGGAUUCAUUAUACUUGGAAUCAAGACAACUGGACUUUCUCUCCUGCCCUGUGCAAGGGGUGUGCUUUCUUCAUGUACAUGAACUUUUACAGCAGCACUGCCUUCCUCACCUGCAUUGCUGUGGACCGGUACCUAGCAGUUGUCUACCCGCUGAAGUUCUUUUUCCUAAGAACAAGAAGAUUUGCAUUCAUGGUCAGCCUGUCCAUCUGGGUAGUAGAAACCAUCUUCAAUGCUGCCAUUUUGUGGGAAGAUGAGAUAUCUAUAGAAUAUUGUGGCACCAAUAAGUCUACUUUUACUCUAUGCUAUGACAGAUACCCUUUGGCGGACUGGCAAAUUGGGUUCAAUUUCUUUAGGACGUGUAUGGGCUAUGCUAUACCUUUGGUCAUCAUGAUGGUUUGCAACCUGAAAGUUUACCAAGCGGUGCAAUAUAAUCAAGCCACGGAAAACAGUGAGAGGAAAAGAAUCAUAAAACUACUUGUUACUAUCACACUGACUUUUGUCUUGUGCUUUACUCCCUUUCAUGUGAUGUUGCUGCUCCGCAGCAUUUUAGAGCCUACAGUUGACCCAAAGUAUGGGAAGCAGACCUAUAAAAUAUAUAGAAUCACGGGUGCAUUAACGAGUUUAAAUUGUGUCGCUGAUCCGAUUCUGUAUUGUUUUGUAACUGAAACAGGAAGAUCUGACAUGUGGAAUAUAUUAAAAUUCUGUACUGGGAAACUUAAUAAACCACAAAGACAAAGAAAAAGCAUAUUUUCUAUGUCUACCAAAGAUACUGUGGAGUUAGACACCCUGGAAUAGAACCAAGGAAUUGUUUUAAGAUGCACAAUAUUAUAUCAUCAAGAUUACAUUUUGAAAAGGGAACCUAGCAUGGGAUGGAACUAAGUUUUCCACCUGAGGGAAUAUUUUAAUAUCCUCUCCGAUGGGGAAAUAUGUUGAAAGUGCACUGUGCAGCUCCUUGGCUUUUAUUAAAUGAAUAUUAAACAAAAAUCUAAUAUUUCCUAAUUACUCAGAAUUGU